AUGCCUGUUCCCGCGCAAUCCAAAAUCGUCAAGAAGGGAAACUCGGAGCCCGACCAGUUCGAGCUGUCCAUCGCCCAGGCCUUGCUCGAGUUGCAGAACAACAGCGACUUGAAGGCCCAACUCCGUGAGCUUUACAUCACCAAAGCCAAGGAGAUCGAGCUGUUCGGCAAAAAGAGCGUCAUUAUCUAUGUGCCCAUGCCGCAACGAGCUCAAUUCCAAAAAAUUCAAGCUCGCUUAGUUAGAGAACUAGAGAAGAAGUUUAGUGGCAAGCAUGUUGUGUUUAUUGGUGAUCGUAGAAUAUUACCAAAACCAACUAGGAAAACAAGGACAAAGAGCAAUCAAAAGCGUCCAAGAAGUCGAACUUUGACUUGGGUCUACGAUGCAAUCCUUGAUGAUUUAGUCUUUCCAGCAGAAAUUGUUGGUAAACGUAUCAGGGUGAAAUUAGAUGGAAAACAAAUGAUGAAAGUUCAUUUAGACAAAACUCAACAAACCAAUAUAGAGCACAAGGUGGAUACUUUUGCAUCUGUAUACCGAAAGCUGACCGGCAGGGAUGUGACUUUUGAGUUUCCAGAACCAUACUUGUAA